AUGCGCGCUGGCUGGGAGGCGGCUGUCGACUCGGCGAGCGGCAAUACGUACUACUUUAACCGAAGCUCGGGCGAGACGACAUGGACACUGCCGCCGCUCAUUGCGCACACGACCGAAUCGGCGGCAACUUUGAUCCAAAAAAUGUAUCGGGCCAAGCAAGCGCGUGCUCGGCUCCAGACAAUGAUGCACAGUAUCUACCAGCGCAUCUUUGAUCCUACCACGCAGGCGUACUUUUACCACAACGUCAAGACGGGCGAGACCUCCUGGAUGACGCCGCGGGGGCUCAAGAUCAAACCCAAAACAUCGCCCAACGAAGGAGGCGCUGCCGAGGAGCCCGAGAGCUCACUGCCGCCUGGCUGGUCCGAGGCCUUUGAUGACGGGACUCAGCAUAUCUACUAUGUGAACGAGUCGACCAAAGAGACAUCGUGGACGCGCCCGCAGGCAAGUCCGAGCUGGAAGCCCUUCGUGAUGGACGAAGAUGGAGCCGCAACUCUGCUGCAAGCAGCGUGGCGAGGGCGGCGCGACCGAGAGCGCGUCCGGCAGCAGCUCCUCGAGCGCUUUGUGCCUGUUCUCGACCCAGCAACAGGCGCGACGACGUACCUUGACGUGCAAACAAACAUGUCUCUCGCGGCGCGUCCUAAUUUUCCUUGUACGCCGAGCAACCGAGCGAUUUUGGCGGCAUCAACCACCGCGGCGCCAAAGGAUGAGAUGGACGGCAGCGAGAGCAGUCGACGCUCCUUCCGCAUUGGCCAGCGCACGUACCCUCGUUCGAAAGGCCAGCUCAUUAUUGAUGCUGCCGAGGACCUCGAGCUAGAGGACAUUCCCGUGAUGGAGCUCGACAUGAGUCGUCUGCAGGCGCUCAAGCUCACGAGUCGUAUUUGGAACCUGGAUCAUUUGGAGCGUCUCCUGCUGAAUGAAAACCGACUCACGCGCAUUCCGUCGGGUAUUCAAGACCUCACCAAACUGGUCUACUUGAAUGUGAGCCACAAUGCUCUGGCAACGCUUCCACCCGGGCUCCAGACGACAAAGACACUGCAGCACCUCGACGCGUCGCACAACUGCAUCGUCACCUUCUCGCCGCGUCUCUGGAAGCUAGGCAACCUCACACACUUGGACCUGAGCCACAACAAGCUGGUGGAGCUGCCGUAUGUCGAAGGCGACCUCAAACUGUUGAAAGAAACGGGUGCGUGGGGUGUCGGAAUUGGGCUUCUCUCCAAGCUGCACACGCUCCAGCUGCAGCACAACUCUCUUCGAGCAUGGCCGCCAAUGCUCGAAAGCUGCAUGGCGCUGCGCACGCUGGACAUGAGUGCGAACGCACUCACGGAGCUCAGCGAGGACGUGGGGAACUUGAGUCAGCUCGAAUCGCUGGUCCUUCACCACAACCAGCUAAGCCGACUGCCCGAUACGCUCGGUCUUCUUAGCCAACUGCGCACGCUGGAUGCGUCGCACAACCUUCUGAAUGAUGUGCCAGCCAGUAUUGCUGAUUGCACGCAACUUUCCAUCUUGAACUUGACCUUCAAUGCCCUUGCGUCGCUGCCUGAGGCCACCAAGGCGCUCGUCACCUUGACACACUUGCUUCUCUCGGAAAACUCAUUUGUGGCAUUUCCAAACCACCUUGCUGACAUGCUUGCGCUCACGACACUGAACAUGGCCUCGUGCAGUCUCUCGGCGCUGCCCGAAGGUUUCUGGACGUUUGCCAAAACACAGCUACCGAGUCUCUCGAGCGUCGAUCUCUCGCACAACAGCAUCCAAUUUCUGCCGACAAAGGGUUUGACGCGCCUCAAAGGUGUGCUCACGACGUUGCGAUUGAGCCACAAUGCGUUGGAGGCGCUGGAGCCCCUUGUGUGCACUUGCCAUCGCCUCACCGAGCUCUCUCUGUCCCACAACGCGCUUUCGACGCUGCCCGACGAGAUUGCUGGCCUUAAAGCGCUCGAAAUCCUCGAUGUGUCGUACAACCAGCUGCAAAUGCUGCCAGAGACAGUGACCAACCUCGCCAAGCUCAAGACGCUUCGCGCCAAUCACAAUCAACUCCAGACGUUACCCAAACUCGUGGGUCGUUGGACAUUGCUCGAGUAUCUGGACGUGUCGCACAAUGCGCUGACGCACUUGCCGUCGACUGUGCACGAGCUUCGGCGGCUAACUUUCCUCUCGGCGGCGUCCAAUCAGCUCGUGCUGCGCCCACCGUACCUUCAGCACCACGUCGAGACGUUUGUGGAUCUGAGCAACAACCCGUUCGAGACGCUCGACUGCGACUACCACGCGUACGUGACGGCCGUGUACAAGGCCAAGGCCGACGUCGACCGCGGCAAAUACGCUUCCGCGCACGCGCUCUUCUCAGAGUUACUCUACGAUACCAAGUUGCGGCCGUAUAAUUUGCUGCCUCCGACGCACCAGCAUAUUCGAUCGGUCUCAGUCUUUUACCGAGGCAUCUGCCGCUACCAGCAGAUUAUGACAGCGCUGCGGGAGCUCGAGCAUGUGAGCCAAGAAGCCGCCGACGUCGCACGACUCGUGCACGAAGAUGCACUGCUCCAGAACACACGUUGUCGCAUCGGCGAAAAGCCCCGCUCUGUACCGCUGCGACCCACCGACGUUGUCCGCGAGUCCCAAGACCACAUCGCAAACCUAAUCGCCCAGAAAGGGCAACUUCGCACCGACAUUGCCCUUUGGCGGGACGACGCCGUGCGCGAUCUCAAGACGGCACUGCGCCUGCGUAUGGAGCCUGCUACCUCGAGCUACACGCUUGCUAUGCUGUACGCCAAGCUCGGCGAGUAUCCGAAUGCGGUCCAGAUGUGGACCACUGCAAUGAGCCACGUGCCGACGGCACAGAGCGCUAUGACGGACGGUGACGACAACGAGACGGUCACAACGGUACUUGUGCCACUUCUUUUGCACCGGGCCCGUGCGUACGCGGCCAUGGGUCAGAUCCCGCGGGCCCUUGUCGACUAUCGGCGCAUCCUCGCAGUCUUUCCGGAUGACGCCGACGCCCAAUUGGAGCUCCACGAGUGGAGCGAGCACCACCGCAAGUUCCACGAACCAUGCGGCGUCGACAAUGAUGAGCUUCUUCGAGCGGUGAACGUUGAUGUUGGCACGGGCAUUGGACGCCGGCGCCACGACCCCGCGGUCCUCUCGCUGCCCACGCUAAACGAGAUCGACUCGGCCUCCGCAUUUCGUGAGGCCUGCCAGCGACUCCGCGACAUUGCAGCGACAGCCCAGAUACAAACGAUUCAAGCCGAGAAGGCGGCCAAGGCAAGUCGCGACGCGGCGGUCGCACUCGUGCUCGAUCGGAAGCGCGAGAUUCGCGCCACCUUGGACAUGCAGAACGAAGAGGUCAACCAGCGCAAGCGCGACGCUGCAAUAGCUCGGGCUUUGUACAUGCUUCAGCUGGAGCGCGCCCGCGAAGAAAACGAGCGCACGUGGAUGGGCUACGAAGAGGACGUGCAGCGCUGGACCGAGCGCGAGCAAGCCCGCUUGCGCCAGGAGGAGCUGGACGCGCUCGAGGCUGCCAAGCGCAAGGCGGAAGAGAAGGCCGAGCUCAAGAAGCGAAUUGCGCGUCGUGGCGCUGCAAUGACAUCGGCGCGCUGCAGCCUCGUCGCUGGCGACGCAAAGUCCAAUGCGUGGACAACGAUCACGGCCGCGUGGCACACCCGGGACGGCCCGAUCACGAUCGACUGGACGCUGCCAUCGGCCGUCGCACCCGGCGCCACGAGCCAACUUGUGGCCUGCGCAGAUGCAGCAUGCGUUGAAUCUCAAGUUGUCGCUGGUGAUGUGGUCAUGGUCGGCGAAGCGCGUCUUCGCACGUCGUUUGGCACGUCGGAAGUGUUCGACGGUCCGCUCUCCGCGCAACUGAUGGUCUCUGUCGGCGGCAUGGUCGCGUACAACUGCGCAGCAACGGUCGAACCUGCGACGAUGGUGCUCACGCGGCAGCUGCGAGGUCCGACGCCGGCGACUGUCGCUGCCGGGGGUCUUGAGAUCGUCGCGCUUGUGUGCGGUAUGACCGUCCUCGCCGUUCUUGGCAUCUUCUCCAACAUCUUUCGGAAGCGCGCCUCGAGUAACGCAGCGGUCACGCAGCCGACGCGGUCGCCAAACGUCAACAGCCCGACGCUCUUCUGCCAUGGUAUCGACGAAGCUGCAUUGCUGCCGCAGGAAGCGACGUCGUCGAGCAGCGUGAGCGAGCUCUGGAAGACCAUGUACCACGGCCACGUCGUCAUGCUCAAGACGAUUCGGAGCCACCACUCGCAGCCGUCGCAGGAAGACAUUGAGACGUUCACGCGCGAAAUCACGUUUCUCACCAAGCUGACGUCACCUUAUGUCGUCAACGUCCUCGGUGGACGGUACCUCGCCACCGGGUCGAUCCAGAUCGUUAUGGAGCACAUGCCGCAUGGCGAUCUCAAGACACACCUCGGCACGACGCCGGCAGGCGGCUCGGCGUGGGAAGCCUACACGGAGCUUGCACUCGACAUUGCCCAAGGCCUCUGCCUCUUGCACAGCUACGGGCUGCCGCACGGCGACUUGAAGAGCCGCAAUGUUCUCCUUGGGCCUAUCGCUGCCGACAGUGGCCGGGUCGGCUGCAAGCUCGCUGACUUUGGCCUCACUCGUACGUUGGAGCUCGACAGUCGCCAAAUGUCGCAAGCCAUCGGGCUCUACCGCUGGACGGCGCCCGAGGUCGUCCAGCAAAUUGCGCUGACGCCAGCGAGCGAUAUUUACUCGUUUGGGAUGCUUCUCUUUGAGAUGGACUGCCGCGAAGUGCCGUACUGGAGCCGCCGGUCCCGCCAAGGCCAGAUGCUCACCGACAUGGCGGUCGCGAUCGACGUUGUGCAGCACGGCAUGCGCCCCAACUUCAAGUCGACGUGCCCCGUCUGGGUCGAAGAGCUCUGUCUCCGCUGCGUCGACCCAACACCCGCCAAGCGCCCGACGGCCACGCAGCUCCGUGACGCGAUUCUCGAUGCGAUGACGAGCGCGAAUGCCGAUGACGUGGCACCGCUCCCGACGUUUGGGCCGUCGCGCUUCUCGGUGCGCGGCAACUACUCGACGAUGCACCACAGCUCGAUCUUGGAUCUCAUGGGCGAGAAGCUCAACCUGCACGACCUCCGCCCGUGGCGCGUGGAAGAAACGCAGCUCCAACCUAUCGAAGAGAUCGCCAAAGGCGCAUUUGGCGAAGUGUGGCGGGGGCUCUACAAGGGCAACCCCGUCGCGAUCAAGACGCUCAUCGCGUUCGAGUCGCACACGCCCGAGGACCUCCAGGUCUUUAUCGACGAGAUGAAGAUCAUGACCACGCUUCGGUCGCGCUACAUUUGCCAGAUGAUUGGCGCGAGCUGGAUGCCGUCGUGCGAGAUCAAGCUCGUGCUCGAGUACAUGAACGGCGGCGACCUCAAAAACUACUUGACGCGGACGGCGGCGGCCGCCGAGCUCUCGACCGCGUGGACGGAGAAGCUCUUGAUUGCACUCGACAUUGUCGAAGGGCUCUGCUACAUCCACGACCUCAACAUCAUCCACCGCGACCUCAAGUCGCGCAACGUGCUCUUACAGAACGCGGGGCGUCUCUCGGCCAAGCUCACGGACUUUGGCAUCUCGCGCUACAUUGAGAUGGAUGGGCGCAGUAUGAGCUGCGGCGUCGGCACGUACCGCUGGAUGGCGCCCGAGAUCAUCUUGGGCAAGCACUACACGGUCGCGGUCGACAUGUACUCGUUCGGCAUGAUCUUGAACGAAAUGGACACGCACCAAGUGCCGUACUACAACGAGCGCACGCCCGAGGGCCAGCUCAUCACGGACAUUGGCAUUGGCGACAAGGUCCGCCGCGGCCUCCUCCGACCCAAGUUUACCUCGUCGUGCCCGCCGUGGGUCCAAGCGCUGGCAUUGCGCUGCGUCGAUAUGAACCCCAACGACCGCCCGACCGCGCGCCAAGUGCGCAACGAAAUCAAGUGCCAACUGGACCCGGCGCUUUUUGAAUAA